CGCUUCAGACAGUUGGAUUUAUUCACUCUGGACUUUCCUCUACAAUGCUUAAUGUAGACAGACCAACGCCUAAUAUCACAAGAAUCAAUAGACAAGAACCAAUAAUCAUUAGUCAUUCUAUUGAACACUUUGGAGAAACAGUUCUUCCGGCUAUGGUUUCUGCUUGGAUUGCAACUGAUAUUGUCAAAAGUGUCUUUGAUAUUUUAAACGCACCAUCACCUACUGAUGAAGAGGAAGAAGAUUUCCCCUGGAUGAGAGGUUAUUUUAAAAAGCAAAGAGUAUCUAAAUAAGAAAUCCCCUUCAGCUGCCUCAACAAUCAUCCAACAUAAAAAAAAAUUGUCACUUUUUUAAAAAAGUACAACAAAAAAUAACAAGAAAAUUAAAUUUGUUAUAUUUCUAAAUAAAAAAUAUUAUAAAAUAAAAAAUAAUAUGAAG